ACAAGGUUCACCCCUUCCUUUUCUUUGAUUGUGUAUGCAUUUAUAGGUUCUCUUGAUCUUGUUAAAAUUUGAUUUUGGAAAUCCAGAAUACAACAAAUCGAAGGAUUUUAUUUUUGGAGCUCAUGCUUAGGAUCCAAAAAGCAUCUUCGUCCCAAAAAGAAUUUGGAUCAAGCGUGUGUGUAACCGAGCUUAGCUCUUGACGGUUUUAUUCCUUCCCUCUCAUUUUUCUCUUCCCUUAUUUCUCCUCCACCCCCAAGCUUGCUCUUCCCAUCCAUUUCUUCAUCCUCUCUCACCAUCGACACUCUUCUCUUCUCUGCGCAUUCUUUUCAACCUCAUUUUUCCCUAUUGUAGAAAUUUCUAGAUAGGUUGCCAAACACAUUAGUUAUCUUUACCAGGUAUAAAAAAUCCCAGCAUCUAGAUCUCAAAAGUAGAUAUCCCACCCUCCAUUUCUAGCUUCAAGUUGCCAAAUGGCUCGUUUAUGAAAUCAAGCUAUCUCUUUUUAUCUCUUUGCCCAAAAGAGAAAAGAAAAUCCAUCCUUUGGGGAAUGAAUGAAUAGGAUGAGAAGGGUAUUGACGUGCAAGAGGAAGAAAACGUAUUAUGAGGGUUUGUAGCCCCAGCUCCAACUACCCCAUAUUGAUGAUAUCCUGUCUACUAUAUUAUUAUAUAAUAACAUUCUCUUUUUGUCCCUCUGCUCCUAUCUAUGCUUCGAUCAUGAAAAAUUAAGCUAUGAGAUUUCAAUCUUGGGGGGCCGAGAGGGUGGCUUUCGACACACAAGGUUCAUCGCUUCCUUUUCUUUGAUUGUGUAUGCAUUUAUAUGUUCUCUUGAUCGUGUUGAAAUUUGAUUUUGGAAAUCCAGAAUACAACAAAUUGAAGGUUUUUAUUUUUGGAGCUCAUGCUCAGGAUCCAGAAAGCGUCUUUGUCCCAAAAAGAAUUUGGAGCAAGCGUGUGUGUAACCGAGCUUAGCACUUGACGGUUUUAUUCCUUCCCUCUUGUCUUUCUCUUCCCUUAUUUCUCCUCCACCCCCAAGGUUGCCCUCAUGUCCAUUUCUUCAUCCUCUCUCACCAUCGGCACUCCUCUCUUUCUCUGUGCAUAUAUUUCAACCUCAUUUUUCCCUACUGUAGAGAUUUCUAGACAGGUUGCCAAAGAGAUCAGUUAUUUUUACCAGGUAUCAAAAUCCUCAGCAUCUAGAUCUCAGAAGUAGAAUUUCUAACCUCCAUUUCUUAGCUUCAAGUUGCCAAAUGCCUCGUUUACGAAGUCAAGCUAUCUCUUUGCCAAAAAGAGAAAGAAAAUCCAUCCUUUGGAGAAUGAAUGAAUAGGAUGAGAAGGUAAUGGUGUGCAUGAGGAAGAAAACGUAUUAUGAGGAUUUGUAGCCCCAGCUCCAACUGGCCCCUACUGAUGAUAUCCUGUAUCUACAAUGUUAUUAUAUAAUAAUAUUCUCUUUUUGUCCCUCUACUCCUAUCUAUGCUUCGAUCAUGAAAAAUUAAGCCGUGAGAUUUCAAUCUUGGGGGGAUGGGAGGGGCUUUAGACACACAAGGUUCACCCCUUUCUUUUCUUUGAUUGUGUAUGCAUUUAUAUGUUCUCUUGAUCUUGUUGAAAUUUGAUUUUGGAAAUCCAGAAUACAACAAAUCGAAGGUUUUUAUUUUUGGAGCUCAUGCUCGGGAUCCAGAAAGCAUCUAGUAUUCUGGAAUGCUCAUCCCAGAAAGAACUUGGAACAAGCAUGUGUGUAACCGAGCUUAGCUCUUAAUGGUUUUAUUUCUUCCCUCUCAUCUUUUUCUUCCCUUAUUUCUCCUCCACCCCCAAGCUUGCCCUUCCCGUCCAUGUCUUCAUCUUCUCUCACCAUUGGCACUCCUCUCUUUCUCUGCGCAUUCUUUUUGACCUCAUUUUUCCAUUCACCCAUUCUUCCUGCGCUUUUCAAGCUUCUUUGCUCAGCCACCAUCUCCCCACUUGGCAUAAGGACUCUGCUUUUGUUUUCCUUAAAUCUACCGCUGUGUUUUUUUCUAUUUUCUAAACCCCUUUAUUUGUUGUCGAUAGCCUGCUUUAAUAGAACAAACCCCACUAGAAGAGUGUCUUUUGUAGUUAUUUUUAUAGAAAAAUCACUUAACAUCAAUUCUUCGUAGAAAACCAGGUUUGCAUACCCAGGAUAUGAUCAAAACCUGAUUUUGCAUAUAUCAUGAUCCAAAUGACCUAUUAAUUUUGUUUAUUCUCUCUUUUUCUUUUUGCUUUCUUUUUAUUUUUUCGCCCUUUUGCCCUUUUUGUUUAUCUAAACCAGCUAGCUCUGUUUAGAACAGCAGGUAAAAUGAUUCUUUGUCUUCAGUCCUAGAUAUUUUGUGAGGUAGCUUGAAAAUUUCUUAUUACUGUUUCCCUUUGAACAAUUGGCUAUGGAUGAGUCGUGUCUGUGGAAGGCUUAUGAGAUAACUUUGUUACAUUCUUGCUCAUGAUUUUACUCCUUUUUAUGGAAGAGAAGUUGAUUAAUUGUAUAUAUAUGUAUGUAAUAUACCUUAUUUCCUGUUGAAAUAAUAAAUGGCAGAGAAUAAGCAAUCACCUGUAAAUGAAAUGGAGAAAGGUCCCCACUCAUAUGGUGCUGUUGUCCUUGGAGGAACCUUUGAUCGCUUACAUGAUGGUCACCGCCGUCUUCUAAAGGUCUCAGCAGAGCUGGCGAGAGAUCGAAUUGUGGUUGGUAUCUGUACGGGGCCGAUGCUAGUAAAGAAGGAGUUUGUGCAUCUUAUACAACCCAUUGAGACAAGGAUGAAGGCUGUUGAAGAUUAUAUCCAGUCCAUCAGACCGGAAUUGAUAGUUCAAGUGGAACCCAUUACGGAUCCCUAUGGCCCAUCCAUUGUAGAUGCCAAUCUGGAUGCUAUAAUUGUCAGUAAGGAAACUUUGGCCGGUGGCUUAUCUGUUAACAAGCGGAGAGCUGAGAAGGGUCUGUCACAAUUAAAGAUAGAGGUGGUUGAUCUGUUACCUGUAGAAUCAAGUGGUGAAAAGCUCAGUUCGACAAUGCUAAGGAGAAUAGAGGCUAAGAAGCAGCAGAUCGACAAAGCACAGUCACAGGUGCCCAGUUCUGAAGGGAUUUCGGGCCCCCAAUCUUAGCAAGAUGACAAGCCUUCACCUACUGUUGAGGAGCUGGAAAAGAUGAUUAGGCCUCAUCUAGAGAAGCAACUGGUACUAAAGCGCUAGCAAGAUGUAAUUUCCUCUUGUUGCUUCUUGGAGUUUUGUGUAAUGGCUUGAAAGAAGAUGUUGGCUUUGUGAAUGCCUGUUGAGAAGGAAUGAAGGUGAAGCUUUGAGAAGGAUGCACGAGGUAUCAGCAACGAACUUUUGAGGCCAAAAGAGAGUGACCUUACAUUUUCGAGUUUUUUAAUAUUAGCCUAUUUAUUUUAAGAUGUAAGCAUGUUUGUAAUAUUGUUUCUAAAAAGCAUUGAACCUGGCUCUGUUUAACUAUGUAAUCUUUGUUCUGUAACAUUGUAGAUUAUGCUCGUUUUCUCCCAGUAAGGUUGAGGAUCGUGGGCAGGCAGCAUAGAAGUCUAGGUUUAAGUGAGCCUCGUACUAAAG